AUGCCGCAAGCCAAUGGGAAUGUGAGCCCAGAGCGGUUCAUCGAACCACAGCGGCAUCGCCAAUCUGCAGUGCAGAUCGCGAUAAAGAACUUCUCCCCAGUAUGGUUCCUAAUAUCCAUGGACACAGGCAUCAUCUCGAUAAUCAUGAACAUCCUCCCCUGGCAAUUCUCCGGCCUCGGCAUCCUCUCCACAAUAAUGUUCGUCUUCAACAUCAUCCUCUUCACCACCUUCGCCCUGCUUUCCAUCGUUCGCCUCGUCAACUUCCCGCGCCACGUAAAAUCCGAGUCUCUCAACCAAGUCGAAGAAAUCUCCUACCAAGGCACCCCCGCAAUCGCAUACCUGACUCUCGUCGCACAAGUAACCCUCACCUGCUCCACGGCCUGGGGCUUCCGGCUUACGAUUCUCGCGUACGUGCUGUGGUGGAUCGGGCUGGUGUGGUGCGUGUUUCUGUGUUCCGCAUCGGUCAUCGUGCUCGCGAAGCGCAGCAUAACAAAUGACCGGAGUCUGUCGCCUGCGAUUUUCUUGCCGCUGAUUGCGGUCAUGACGUUGGGUACAACGGGAGGCAUUGUGGCCAGAUACUCGGUGGGCAUGUCUGCAAGACUCGCUAUCCCGAUCAUCGUCACUAGCUACAUGGCUAUCGGAUACGCGUUUUUCUUGUCGCUGUUGUACUAUGCUAUCUACGCCCACCGAUUGCUUGCUGUGGGACCGCCAAUGAAAGGUAAGCUGCCGAGUUUGUGUGUUACGAUCGGGCCGUUGGGGCAGUUUGCUACGGCGAUUCAGCUGUUGAGUACGGCGGCGAACACAAGGGGUCUGUUUGGGGACUAUAAUCGCGGCACCUGGCUUACGGCGAGCUCGGCGAGCAGUGUAUCAGCAACGAGUGAGCUGAUUGCGUUGAUGGUUAUUGGGUUUGGAUUCUUGUGGAUUACGGUUGCGUGGUAUUUGAUUCUCGAGGCGGCGGUACAGAGGAAGAUGCCGUACAGUUUGACUUGGUGGAGCAUGAUCUUCCCAAUGGGCGUCUACACAACAGCAUUGAUCAACCUGUCCAUCGCGCUGAACUCCGAUGCUUUCCGCGGAUUCUCCGCAACACUGCUAAUCCUCCUUGUCCUCCUAUACUUCAUGAACUGGGGCUUCACUAUAUGGAGACUCGUUACUGGAGUUGCACUAGGCAUCCCACAGCAAAGGGAAGAGGAAGAUGAAGAGGCAAAGAAGAAGGCUAAGGAAGAGCAUGAGAGGUUGUAUGGAUUGAAUCAAAGACAGGAGGAACGUGAGCAAGAAGAGAACCAGCAGAAUGGCGAGAGUGCCUAG